AUGUGUGGCAUCGUGGCUGGCGUGGAAUACGGUCUCGCCAGAAUGAAGAAAGCGGUCAAGCAACAUCACAGAGUGCUUAAACGGCGAAGAUAUAACUCGGCGAAGCCAUGUCUUGGGGGAGGAGCAGUAACAGCGAAUAUGAAGCUCGCAACCAAUACGACCUCUUUGCUUUGUGCGGUGUUAGGACUCGCUUCCUGUCUGGUUGAAGCGGCGAAGACUACGACUUGCAACACCGUCUCAGCAAGCACCUCAGCUUCGGUUGUACAGACAUUCCAAACCACGACUUCGUCGACGACCACCGUUGUGAAAACGAGUAAAGUGACUGGAACUGGGACGAGUACCGUUACUGGCAAGCCAAAGCUCGUUACCUCGACGGUCACCUCAACGACAACAAGCAUCUCCACCGUCUCAUCAAACGACUAUGGCGCGCUUGUCACGGUCCUGCCCUCGCCUGGCUUCACAGCUAUGGCGGACGAUAUCAUUGCGUCGACCCUGAGUGCAUCGUAUCCGCUGCAGAAAGUCGUGGCAGUCGUGAGGAACCGCCGUCGGCAUUGGCAGCGGGAUGAAGUUCAGAAACGACAGGAUCCCUCCUCAUCGUAUCCUGCGACAGUAUAUUGCACGGCUGUGAAUGUUCUGACGGCGAGUUCAACGACUACGACGACCGUUGCCGCGAAGACAAGCACGUUGCCUGGCGGGACUAGCACAGUGACAACCACAGCAACAAGCACCACAACAAGCACGACCAACACCGGGAUCAUCGCCCCCGCCGCAACCCACUACGCCGCCUGCGCCUUCAACAACCUCGUCGAAACCAUCUCCGGCCAAGGCCUGCGCCUCGUCGUUCCCACAGUGAACAUCUACGCCAUAGAAAACGCCGCAGACCACAUCGAAUGCUGCCAACGCUGCCAGGACUCGAAUGGGUGUGCGGGCUGGCAGUGA